AUGUCCUCGACAAAGAAGGAUUUCCAAGUUGCCGUCGUCGGCGGCGGCAUUGCCGGUCUCACGCUUGCCAUCACGCUGCAUCAUCGCGGCAUCCCCGUGACAAUCUACGAGCAAGCCUGUGCCUUUGCGGAAAUCGGCGCAGGCGUCUCGUUCGGUCCGAAUGCAGUCGAGGCCAUGAAGGCCUGCCAUGGCGGCAUCCACGCUGCGUUCGAGAAAGUAUGCACGCGGAACCUAUGGCCAUCGAAACAGAAAGUAUGGUUCGACUACCUCGACGGAUGGAGUCAGGGCGAGUCUCGGGACGCGCAAAACGCCAGCCGGCAAGACAUCGCGUUCACGAUAUCCAACGCUAUCGGCCAGACGGGCGUGCAUCGGGCUCAUUUUCUUGAUGAGUUGAUUAAGCUGAUUCCGGCGGAUAUUGCGCGGUUUAACAAGCGGUUGGAGAAUAUCGUGGAGCGGAAGACUGAUGGGAAAUUGGUGAUGCAGUUUGCCGAUGGCGAGGAGCAUGAGACGGAUUUGGUUAUUGGGUGUGAUGGGAUCAAGUCGCGCGUGCGGCAGAUCAUGGUCGGCGAGGGCCAUCCAUCUGCGAAUCCGACGUAUACGCAUAAGUAUGCCUAUCGCGGGCUGGUCCCGAUGGAUAAGGCGAUUGAAGCGAUUGGCGAGGAACUUGCUUCCAAUGCGUGCAUGCACAUGGGCCCCGGCGGCCACAUGUUGACCUUCCCCGUCAACCAAGGCAAAACGCUCAACAUCGUUGCCUUCCACACGAGUCCCGAGCCUUGGGCUGAGUAUCCCCGACUGACGCGCGACGGGACCCGGGAGGAGGUUCUGCGGGAUUUCGCAGGCUACGGACCCAACGUGAUUAACCUGUUGAAGUUGACUGAUCCGAAACUCAGCGUCUGGGCAAUCUUCGAUCUCGGCGAACACCCCGUCCCUACAUUCUACCAAGGCCGAGUCUGCAUCUCCGGCGACGCAGCGCACGCCACGUCACCGCACCACGGAGCCGGCGCUGGCUUCUGCAUUGAAGACACGGCUGUUCUGGCGGCCAUGCUGGAAGAUGAUCGGGUGACGUCGGUGCGAGAUCUCGAGGCCGUGCUGGCUACGUUUGAUAGCUGUCGACGCGAGCGCACGCAGUGGCUGGUUCAGAGUAGUCGGUUUAUUGGAGAUUGUUAUGAGUGGCGGGCUGAGGGGGUGGGAAGGGAUUUCAAGAAGAUCGAGGAGGCGAUUAAUUAUCGGAAUGGGGUCAUUGCGAAUGUGGAUGUUAGGAAAAUGUGUAAGGAUGCGGUAGAGGAGCUGGGGAGCAGGUUGUCAAGGCAGGUGAAGGGGUCUCUCUGA